AUGUCCUCCGUCGUCGGUAUCGAUGUGGGUAACGCCUCGUCCAAGAUCGGCGUUGCGCGAGCUCGUGGUGUCGACGUCAUUGCCAACGAGGUCUCCAACCGUGCUACGCCUUCCCUCGUCUCGUUCGGCCAAAAGGCGAGAGCGCUCGGUGAAGCCGCUGCCACCGCACAGACCUCCAACUUUAAGAACACCGUCGGCUCCCUCAAGCGUCUCGUAGGUCGUUCUUUCCAGGACCCUGAGGUGCAAAAGGUCGAAAAGAACUUUAUCAACGCCGAACUUGUUGAUGCCAAGGGUGAGGUCGGCGUCAAGGUCCGUCUUGCCGGUGAAGAGCACAUCUUCUCGGCUACCCAGCUUCUUGCCAUGUACCUCGCCAAGCUCCGCGACACCACCUCCAAGGAGCUCGGCGGUGCCGGCGUCAGCGACGUCGUCCUCUCCACUCCCCUCUGGUUCACCGAUGCUCAGCGACGUGCUUACCUCGACGCUGCCGAGAUCGCCGGCCUCAACCCUCUCCGUCUCCUCAACGACACCACUGCCACCGCCCUCGGCUACGGCAUCACCAAGACUGACCUUCCCGAGGCCGACAAUCCGCGCAACGUUGUCUUUUGCGACAUCGGUCACUCUUCCUACCAGGUUGCCGUUGUCUCGUUCAGCAAGGGUCAGCUUACCGUCCUCGGCACUGCCGCCGACCGCAAUUUUGGUGGACGUGACUUUGACCGCGCUCUCCUUCUCCACUUUGCAGAAGAGUUCAAGGCCAAAUACAAGAUCGACGUCCUCUCCAGCCCCAAGGCCACCUUCCGCCUCGCUGCCGGUUGCGAGCGUCUCAAGAAGGUCCUCUCCGCCAACGCGCUCGCUCCGCUCAACGUUGAGAACCUCAUGGAGGACAUUGACGCCAGCUCCCAGCUCAAGCGUGAAGAGUUUGAACAGCUCAUCUCGCCCUUGCUCGAGCGCAUCACCGUCCCCCUCGAGGCUGCUCUCACCCAGUCCGGCUUGACCAAGGACCAGAUCCACUCGAUCGAGCUCGUCGGUGGUUCUUCCCGUGUACCCGCCCUCAAGGAGCGCAUCUCGGCCUUCUUCGCCAAGCCCCUCUCCUUCACCUCGAACCAGGACGAGGCGGUCGCCCGAGGUUGCACCCUUGCCUGUGCCGUUCUCUCGCCCGUUUUCAAGGUGCGCGACUUUACCAUCCACGACGCUACGCCUUACUCGAUCAAGGUCACCUGGGACAAGGCUGCCGAUGUCCCCGACGAGGACACCGAGCUCGUCGUCUUCCAGCCCAACAACCCCAUCCCUUCCACCAAGAUCCUCACCUUCUACCGCAAGGAAAACUUUGAACUCGAGGCGCACUACGCCACGCCCGAGCAAAUUCCCGAGGGCAUCAACCCUUGGAUCGGCAAGUUCUCCAUCAAAGGCGUCACCCCCAACUCGCAGGGCGACCACUCGAUCGUCAAGGUCAAGGCUCGUCUCAAUCUGCACGGCGUGCUCAACUUUGAGUCCGCCUACACGGUCGAAGAGGUCGAGAAGGAGGAAGAGGUGCCCGUCGCCGACCCUGCUGCCAUGGACACUGACGGCGACAAGGACGCCGCUCCCAAGACCGAGAUCCGCAAGGUCAAGAAGCUCCAGCGCAAGGCGGACCUCACCAUCGUCUCGGGCUUCACCGGUGGCAAGGAUGCUGAACUCGUGGCCGCCAUGAAGGAGACCGAGGGUCAGCUCUACUCGAACGACAAGCUUGUCAUCGACACCGAGGACCGCAAGAAUGCGCUCGAAGAGAUGAUUUACGACCAGCGAUCCAAGCUCGACGACCGAUACAAGCUCUUUGUCACUGCCGAAGAGAAGGAAAAGUAUCUCGCUGCGCUCAACGCGCAGGAGGAGUGGCUCUACUCGGAUGAGGGCGAGGACGCUACCAAGUCGGCCUACGUCGAGCGCAUCGAGUCACUCCAGAAGAUCGGGGGUCCGAUCCAGUUCCGCGAGAAGGAGUUCCAGGAGCGACCCAAGGCUGCUUCGCAGCUGCGCGAGGCUAUCAACAAGUACAUGGAGAUGGCUCAGGGCGGCGACGAGCAGUACAGCCACAUCUCGGAGGACGACAAGCAAAAGGUGAUUGAAAAGUGUGCCACCGUUGCCAAGUGGCUCGAUGACGGUCUCUACAAGCAGUCCGAGCUGCCCAAGAAUGCCGACCCCAAGAUUGUGUCGGCUGACAUGCUCAAGAAAAAGGACGAGGUUAUCUACGCCUGCCACCCAAUCAUGAGCAAGCCCAAGCCUCGCGUCGACACGACCCAGGCUUCCACGCCCGCUAAGGACGACAAGAAGGACGAACAGAAGCCCUCCGCCGAGGCUGCCAACGACGGCCCUGGAGAGAUGGACGUCGACUGA